AAUUAUAAAAGCACAGAACGGAACACGGGAACACCAGUGAGUAUGCUCUAUACUGAGUGAUCAAAACAAAGUAAUCUAAAAAUUUCGUAAAUCAAACUCAGCAUUUUCAUGCUAUUUUUACAUAUUUUGUGAAUAAAACCUAAAAGAUACAUGCUAAACAAUACAUUUUGGAUUACGUAAAAGCUUAACGUAGGAUCUGUUCCUACUGUUCGAUGAAAUUUGAACUUGAUAUUCUUCAAAAUUGGAAUCACGCAGUCACGAAGCAGGCGCUCCGGUGGAGGCCGUAGAAAAAUAUUUAACCGGCAAGCAACCAUGGCUUUGGGACGCUACCAACAUCUGUACAAAAGGAACUGUAUCGGGAUGAUACCCAUAUUCUGUUCCUUUGUCGCUGGUGCUUUGUUAACCAUACUUAUAGGCGGGGCCCAUCAAAAUUGUGAGUCAAGCGAGAGAAUUUAUCAGCCGGAAAAUUCCUACUUCCUAAUGCUACUGAUUGUUAGUGCGCCAGGCAAUGUUGAAAGGCGAAAUGUGAUCAGAGAAACUUAUUUGAACCUGCGACCAAGAAUUCUUAACGAAAGCUUCCAAGAAGAAGCUAUUUAUGUUCCUAUUUACAGUGAUCAAGAACAGUUACAGCUGGAAACCGUUAAGAAACAGAAGGAACUGUUGGAAAACUAUCGCCAAUGGCGGCAUCGUAAGAUUAAUAAUAUUAAAGUAAUAAACUUCAAAAUAAAGGCGUUGUUUGCGGUUGGAACUUACGGACUAUCACGGUCUGAACGUAAAAUUAUUAAUGAGGAACAGCGUGUCUAUAACGAUGUGCUGGAGCUGGAUGAUUUAUUGGAUUCAUAUGGAAAUCUUACGACGAAGAUUCUUCGCAGUCUAAGUAGAAUAGAUGAGAUGUACGAUUUCAAAUACUUGAUGAAACUUGAUGACGACACGUACGUAAAACUAGACUUGCUGUCGGAAGAUCUUCUAAGUUACUAUGAAAAACUGCACAAAAUUCGCGCAAGACAUACCAAACCAAUUGAACUGUAUUGGGGCUACUUCAAGGGAGCAUCGACUGUCCAGCAGCACGGAAUAUGGAAGGAAACUGAUUUCAAACUUUGUGAUCGAUAUUUACCCUAUGCAUUGGGAGGAGGAUACGUGCUUUCAAAAAAUUUAGCAUCCUUUAUUGGUAGUAAUAGUAAAUCUCUUAAUGCUUACAAAAGUGAAGACAUGGCUGUUGGUACCUGGUUAGCACCGUUUGGGAACAUUCACCGCCGCCACGACGUUCGUUUUGAUACCGCAUGGAUGCCAAGAAAGUGCCAGGACUACCAUCUUGUGCUGCAUAAACGAACCGCACAUCAAAUGAAGGAAAUUUAUCAAGGAGAAUCGGUAUGUACCGUCGAUGAUCAACAAAAAGCAAACCCAACUCAACGCCCGAAAGAGUAUUUCUACGACUGGACAGUUGCGCCAUCGCAAUGCUGUAAAACAUACGUUUAGUAUUAUCAGAACUAUUUGUUUUGCUUCGAAUGACCACCUCUAAUUAAGUUUUAAGAAAUGUGAUAAUGCGACGUCCGAAUCAUUGUAUUUUUUCAUAACCUUGUUGAUUGUAUUGUGUAAAUACCUAGAGCAGUUUGAUGUUACGCAGCAGAAAUAGGCAGCAACCCUUUUCCACCAGAAAAUAAAUAUACAUAACUAAGAAUAUUACCAUAUA